AUGCCCACUCUACUUGAUAAUACAUUAAAGUCCAAGAACAUGGUUCUUGCCUUCGGAGGCGUAGUCGCCGCUGCCACUGCGUGGAUGCUCGCUGGUGACUUGUUUCCUGCCGAUCCAGAACCCAAGGGAGAUCCAGAGACGUGGACAAGAGAGGAGAUGCGAAGGUGGCUCGAGGCCUCGUGCACUUUGUCAAGACGCCCGAAGCUGGUGUCAAAGAUCUGCCCCUCGUCCUCAAGGGGAGCGCGCCCGAGACGGCAGGCAGCCAGCAGCGUGGGCACCGGCAACAUCGCCGACGGCGCCAAGGCCGUCAUCCUGGGCGGAGGCUACGACGACAAUGACUACGAGGUGAUGCGCAAAGCCGUGGAUGCGGCCACGUUGGAGCGUCGCCCUGUCUGGCUGCGCAACGAUCUGAGCGUCGCUAUGCCGCCCCCAGGUCCGAAAUACGGGAAAGCUGUUGUCGUCAGGGUCAAGAACCUGCUGAGCAAGUUGGACAAGGAGAACCGCCUGAAUGGCGCAGACUCCGAUAUAUACUGGUUUUAG